CUGGCUCUGAUUCUCAUCAUAUUGUUAUAACCUUCGUGGUGUGCCAUCUCCUUGCCUCUCUUAGCUACGACUACGGCCUUGAAGCCAGUUCCCUUUGAGUCCUUUGCUCCUGUACUUCCGUUUCAAUCCCCCCACGCUUCUGGCUAGCUGGUGCAUGAAUGGCUCGCCCCAAUCUUAGUCGCCCGCGGCGGCCCUGGUGCAUCGCCAUUGCCAUAGCGGUGGCCGUAGUGGUGAUUGUGGUCAUUGUCGUGCCCUGUGCGGUCAUUUUGACGCGGAAGAAGCACCACGCGAAGAAGAUCAAUGUGCUCUACCCUCUGUACAUUUACCCCACCAAUUCCAGCACCUGGAGUCCCCUGUAUAAGGAAAUCACUGAACGGCCGGAUCUAAACUUUACGGUGAUCAUCAACCCGUCCAGUGGACCCGGCAAUACCACGUAUCCCAACGAGGCAUACAGCACCGAGGUAGAGCGCCUGGCGAGCUAUGCGAAUGUGCGACGAGUAGGGUACGUGCGAACCGCGUACGCGACCCGCAACAUCUCUUCAGUACUGGCGGAUGUAUCAACCUACGCCGGGUGGGCGAACCAGUCGGCCCAGCUUGCCAUGGAUGGGAUAUUCUUCGACGAAGCGCCCUACGACUACGCGGCGGACAAGGUCGAGUAUAUGAAUACCAUCUCCGCGGUGGUGAAGAACUCGACCGGGCUGCAGGGGGAACGACUGGUCAUCCACAAUCCCGGGACUAUCCCAGAUGGUCGCUAUGACUCCAACACGACCGACGUCACCGUGGUGUUCGAGAGUUCGUACAAUGAUUACCACACGCAGAAGGGCAAGUUGAAUGCGCUGGCCAGCGACCGGAGCGGGUUCAGCUACAUGCUGCACUCGGUCCCCGAGAUGGGGAACAGUACGCUGCGGGACUUGGUCGACCAAUUGAGUCUCAGGGCCAAAUAUCUGAUUGAGACCCAUCCCGAUCUUGAAUUCUUGGUGAUCAUCAACCCCAACAGUGGCCCUGGCGACUUACCUUCUCCCGAUUCGAAUUAUGCACGCGAAGUGGCCCGCCUGAACAGUUACCCGAACGUCUAUCUCAUCGGCUAUAUCCGUAUCGAUUACUGCCGAAAGCCUCUGCCCGAGACGCUGGCAGAGAUUGAUCGCUAUGCGCAGUGGGCGACCGACGAGCGACCAGGGUUAGGGCUGGGGGGAAUCAUGGUGGAUGAGACCCCCAACCAUCACUCCCCCGAGCGAGCCGAGUACUUACAGAAGCUGCACGAGUAUGUCAAGUCGGUGGAGGGCAUCCUUGGGGAUCGAUUGGUUGUCCACAAUCCGGGCACGCCGCCUGAUCCUAACCUGACCGACCCGAGCCCGGAUCUCAUCCUCGUUUGCGAAGAGCCCUAUCCUCGCUAUCGCACCGAUGAAGUGCAGCAGUACCUAGCUCGCUUUGACUAUGACCGGCUCCGAUGCGGCUACAUGAUUAGUGAGGUGCCGCGCGACGAGGUCCGGCCUUUGGUGCACGAUCUGCGCCAUCGUGCGGCCUACAUCUUCGUCACCGAGAUUGCAGGCGACUUUUACGAGCGCUUCGGACCUCAGAGUUGGGGGAUGAUGAUGGAGGCCCUGCAGUUGGCCCAGGCCGACCAGUAGAUAGAUAGAUAGAUAGAUAGAUAGUACUGUAUUAGCAUGAACUGGUGGAG